CCUUCUUUUGCUUUUUUUCUACUGCUUUCCAACAGUUACGGUUCGACGUUUCCUUGACUUAUUGCCUUUGCAGUCGUUCCUUCCGCGAUCAUCCAACCAUUAUGUGGUCCUCUGGAAGAAGAAAUUUUACUUGUUUUAUCGACGAAUCUGCCACCACCGCUGUACCGAGCUCGUCCACGGUCAUGGCUGCGGCGCCUAGGCCUGCUAUCGGUUCUUGCUCGACCAGACUGAGCCAGCAACCUGUGGCCAUCGGUCACCCAUUGAUAGAUCGUACAAAUCGUGCACCUGAAAUCGAUCCAUCGAUCUGGGGUGGACCUUUGCAUGCUCCUUGGGAUCCUCCCGAUAAGAAACGAGCCGUUCUACAGCCUAGAGAACAAGAAAAAAUCAAAGCACGCUUUGAUCCGUUCGAACGUUCUCCACUAUUACUGGAACGAUUGCCCAAAUUGAAGGACCCGGCAUCCACGCAUAUGACUACUCCUAGCGCCAGCGUCUUGCUUGGCCCCCAAGUUACGCGCCAUGUAGGCAUCACCAAUAUCGGUCGCGAUAUGGAUACUCGUUUACUCAUAAAAGUCGUCGAGCAAGCUGGCGAUGUCAAGAUUAUCUAUCCAGAUUUUCUUCAUUCCUCGGGAAUGCUUAUCAUCUCUUACUAUGACCUCCGUCAUGCCGCGGAAUGUUGCAGCAAGCUGUAUUCGACCAACGUCAAGACGACUUACUUGGCCGACGUCCAACUGUCCCACAUGGUCAAUGUGGUCACGGAAACUUCAGACUGCAUUUUGAUGACACUCUGUGGCGCACGCGAACGACUGGGAAUCUUUGAUUACAUAGGUCUUUUGCAAAACUUUGGUGCUGUUCGCCAUUCGACGGAGAUCAAGACCACCGACACCACCAAGGUUAUCCUGGUUUCGUUUUACGAUGAACGGGCAAUCGAAUACGUGCAAACGUAUCUUCACGACAAAGUAUUUCAGGAUAUCCGUUUCCAAGUGAGUCAGCAUGUCAACAAACCGGAAUCGCGGAGUUGGCUUGCAGUCGACGACGUAGCCAGUUCUGGUACGCAUUGGCCAAGCCAUACGGAUCAUGCCGAUCUGCAAAAAGUGUCGCUGGUUCCGCGGGCUGUACGACCGACCACUUCGCCGUUGUCGUUAUCCCCUACGUCUCAUGGCUUCCCCGCAAUUGGUGCAGUAGGUACUAGUACCUCUGCUUUGAUGGCUAAUCAUCCUUUCUCGUCGGGAUCCCGGUCCCAAAGCCUGUUUGCCCACGAUCCAUUUGCUCCAUCUCGUCCCACCCUGUUCUCCGAAGUGGCUGCUCAAGCCGCAGCAGCCCCGAGCCCGAGUUCGUCAUUCUCUACCAGCAAACGACUUUCAAAGGACAGCGACAUGAUGAGCAUGACAUCCGAGAUGAGCAUGGAUAUAUCGGAUUGCAAUGAAUCGGUCGCAACUGAUACCGAACGUUUGGAUAACACAUUUGACAUUGAUCGCGUGAUACAGGGCAAAGAUAAGCGCACCACUUUUAUGAUCCGGAAUAUUCCCAACAAGUACACCCAGCAAAUGUUGAUUGAAUGCAUCAAUGCGACCCACAAGGGCACCUACGAUUUUCUUUAUUUGCGCAUUGAUUUCAAAAAUCGGUGUAACGUUGGCUAUGCCUUUAUCAAUUUCAUAGAUGUCCAAUCUGUUGUCUCUUUUGCUCGCGAACGGGUGGGAAAAAGAUGGAACCGUUUCAACUCGGAAAAGCGAUGUGCUCUAUCCUAUGCCAACAUUCAAGGAAAAGAAGCCUUGAUUGAAAAAUUCAAAAACUCGAAUGUGAUGGAAGAAGAUGAAAGUUACCGACCAAAGAUCUUUUGCUCCUCGGGACCCCAUAAAGGAGAAGAACGACCUUUUCCUUCGCCCACAGUGCCGUUCGAAUUACGUCGCCACCGCCAACAAAUGCGUCAACGACGUGAAGUCGCUUCUCAGCACCAUCAUCAUCCAAGUCACCAACCAGAGCAACAGCAGCGUUCAGCUCACCGUACACCAACUGCCUCGUCCUCUUCUUUGCUCGACUACUAUUGAAAGCGAAUUGAAUCAUGCAAAUCAAACGAGAGAGAAUAUGGCCGUCUUGGUUUUUUGCUUGACAUUGACAUUGUAUGCUCAGUUAUUAUUUUUUUUUUCUCUUCUCAUCGUGAAAUCAUUCCCCGUUUUAUCUUGUUCAUGUUUCGCUUGAUUUCACCAACGUGUACGUCUUUUUCCGGAUUUUCAAAAACUGACUUGGAUUCAUCAAGUGGUUAAAAAUCUAUCCCAUCUUUUUCAAUGGUCAUCUAUGAGUCAAUUAUUUCUCAUGUUCACACCUUAUUUUAUCUCUUUCUCUUUUUUUUUCCAUAUGAUAGUAUGCUUUUUUAUCUUUCUUUCUUUCAUUUCCCUUCUUUUUUAAGCUCUCCCUUUAUCUUUUUCCCCUCCCCUGUCCCUCCCCCCAAAUCCCCCCCCCCUUUUUUUUUUAUUCUUAUCAAUGGUAUUCAAGAUAAAUGCAAAAAUAAAAAGGAAAUGCCA